AUGCUUACCACGUAUCACAAGCCGGAAACCCGCGAUGACUUUGAAGUUGCCAUUAUUUGUGCACUUCCCCUUGAAUAUGAUGCAGUAUCAUACACCUUCGACGAGUUUUGGGACGAUGAUGGAGACGAUUAUGGGCGUGUAGAGGGAGAUCUCAACAACUACACAACUGGCCGCAUUGGAAAAUACAACGCUGUCCUAGCCUUGUUGCCACACAUGGGCAAGGCGAAUGCGGCUGGUGCAGCAGCAAGCAUGCGUUCAAGCUAUACACGUUUGAAGCUUGUUCUGCUCGUUGGAGUUUGUGGUGGCGUUCCAUAUGACGGACACAGCGAACUUUUCCUCGGGGAUGUUGUUAUCAGUCAAACAGUCCUGCAAUACGAUUUGGAACGCCAAUACCUAGAUAAAUUGGUACUCAAGGAUACUGUAGAGGAUAAUCUUGGCCGGCCUAACAAAGAUGUACGGAAUUUGGUGGCGAUAUUCCAGACGGAUCGCGGCCGAGACAAGCUUAAUGAGCGAACUUCCCAAAUUCUCCAACAAAUUCAGACUAAAGUUAGCGGUCGCCGCCAGCGGAAGUAUGAUUAUCCAAGAAACACGAGAGACGAGGUCUUUGAUUCGAAUCACCGCCACAAGCAUUAUUCGUCAGAUAUUUGUGUCUGUCGAAAAUGUUUAGCCUUGACAGACCCUGUAUGUGACGCAGCACUGAGCCUGUCCUGUGCAGAUUUGGGUUGCGUUUUAGGUGAGAGCUCUUGUUUAGCAAGAGUUCGCUUACAACCACUGGCCGACGCUCCUCCACAACCAGAGAUUCAUGUGGGCAUGAUUGCCUCUGGCGAUUUAGUUCUGAAGUCAGCUAUAGACAGAGAUCGCCUACACAAAGAAACGGGAGCUAUUGCUUUCGAGAUGGAAGGUGCCGGUGUGUGGGAUGAGACUUCUUGCAUUAUUAUCAAAGGUUUAUGUGAUUACGCAGACAGUCACAAGCACAAAGGCUGGCAGAAUUAUGCCGCUGCGACGGCAGCAUCGGCAUCUAAAGCAGUGCUUGAACGUUACAUCCGCACAGAUAAGACUGAUACAGCCAGCAAACAAGAGACCACAGGCGCAACGGGAGACAUGGCUUCAUCAAUCGGAAGGACCGUGUUUCGGGGCCCAAUAUCUGGCCAUAAUGUUGUUGCAGGCCUUACAACCACUGGGGGAACUUCAAGGCUCGAAUUCAAGUCGUAG